GACUCCGUCCAUUCACCAUCGACGUAUCACUGCAGAGAGAACUGUGGGGGGAGAGAGAGAGAGUCAGAUGGAGAAGAUAGCAAGCUCAGGGUUGAUUACUGCGGCCAGUCUCGCCUCCUUGGUGGUUCUCUGCUUGGCGAUCGAGUCACCGCAGUAUUCGGUGGUUUACAAGGAAUCGGACUUCGAGAUCAGACUGUACAGAGACUCCGCUUGGAUGUCCGCUCCCGUUGUAGAUAUCUCCUUCCACAAGGCUACCAAAAUCGGCUUCCACAGGUUAUUCCAGUACAUCCAAGGUGCAAAUCUGAACAACUCUCGGAUUUCAAUGACUGCGCCUGUCUUAACAAGCAUUGUUCCAGGAGCCGGCCCUCUACACUCCUCAGCGUACUUCGUUAGAUUGUACUUGCCGGUGAAGUUCCAAGCAACUCCACCAAUUCCUCUCCCGGAACUGAGCCUUAAACCCGAUUCAUGGUCCAGCCGCUGCAUUGCGGUGAGAAAGUUCUCAGGAUUUGCAAGGGAUAACAACAUUGUGCAGGAGGCAGAGAAGCUGUCCAUGAGCCUGAGCAGGUCUCCAUGGGCAGGCUCAACUUCUAUCAAAAGUGAAUUUGCUUAUUCAAUUGCACAGUAUAACUCUCCCUUGCGGUUAAUUGGCCGUGUGAAUGAAGUUUGGGUGGAAUUGGAUGAAAAUUCUGUAGAUGGCUGCAAAUCCAAUGGAGUUGCUACAUACUGAACUCCUUCCGACUCGAGCACCAUUGUGGUAAUUUCUCCUCCUCGUAUGAGCUAGACUCUACAGGAUGUUCCUUUAUGCAUAUCCUCUGCAUCUGUGUAUAUAUAUGUAUGUAUUCGGAAUCCUUAUGUUUAAAUAAACAUGGUGAAGUGCUUCUACUUA